UAGCAUGUCUUCCAAAGUUUCCCCCACAGUCUCCAAAGCCAGGGACCACCACCACCACUUAGGCCAGCAGCAGCAACAGCAGCCGCAGCAGCACCAGGAGCAGCCAUUCCCAGAAGCCAAUGCCGAAGCCAUCAGCUUCCUCCACUCCUUCCGGCUGGAGGAUAUGCUUCUGUUCUUCCGGGAGACUCUGGCCAUCCUCUCAGACACAGGGGAACCCCAGGGAGAGCUGACCAUUGAGGUACAGAAGGGGAAGUACAAGGAUGACCUGGGGAUCCUGACCCACUGUCUGCUGGUACACGCCUCCAGCCGCAGCUUCCUAGACAAAUCACUGUGUGGAAGUUCCCUCCUAGGCUACCUAAACAAGGACCUGGAGCUAUUGGAGCAGCACAGUCAGGAGUACAUCAAGUUUCCCAUCCACCCCAUGGAGAGGAAGAUGAGCAUCCUGAAGCAGGAUGACCAGUUUGUUAUGACCAAAAGUGUCAAGGAGGGUGAGGAAACCAAGACUGGAGUCUCUGUUUUCCCCUGUAAAACACUCAAGGGCUUUGUCUCCAGUGCUGCCAACGUGGUGCUGCUGAGAGUGAUGGCCUGGCAGCGGUCGGUGCCCAGCGGUGCUCGCUUCCUCACCUUGGACUCAGAGGGCAAGCUCUGCCACUGUUCCUAUAAAUCCCUGGGUUUCCAGACAAUCCAAGUGGGCAACCAGCAGGCUGAAAUGUUCAUCGUGGAGCAAACCAUACACUCUGAAGAGGGCAUCCCCUUCUCCUGCCAAUACUAUUUGCUCUCUGAUGGGCACCUGGCUAAGAGAAUCCAGGUGGGCUCUCCAGGAUGCUGUAUCAUCACCAAGAUGCCCCUCAUAAGGGAGGAGGAUGUGAUUGAGCCUCCGCCCACGUUUGAUCAGAAGCCCCUGGUGUGGGAGGAAGACCUGGAGCUUUACUCGAAAUUCCUGGACCGGAAGGAGCAGCUGCGCCUCAGCCACACCUCCUACCUGCGGCUGCACCCCGAGGCCCAAGCGCUGGUCUCCGACUUCCUGCUGUUCCUGCUGCUCCGCCGGCCAGAGGACGUGGUCACUUUCGCCGCAGAGCACUUCGGGCCCUUUGCAGCGCUGCGCUCGCCUAUCCCAGCCCUGCGAUCCUCACACCAGCCCAGCCCUUUCCGCACUCUAGAGUACGAGGAGGAGGAGGAGGAAGAAGAAGAAGAGGAGGAAGAGGAGGAAGAAGAAGAGGAGAUAGAGGACCUGGGAGUAGUGGAAGAGGAGAUAGAAGGGGAUGAUGACUACUUGUACAUCAACGGGGAUGAAGACAUAGAGGACAGCAUCUACUAUGAAAAUUACUAUGACAACUAUGGUGAAGAAGAUGACAUUUAUGAUGAUGAUGACUACGAUAAUUACGACAAUGAUGUUGACUACAAUGACGAUGUUGACAAUUACGAUGACGACUACGCUGACUACGAUGAGGAGGAGGAAGUUGAUGACAAUGACUACGAUGAUGUCAACGAAGUCAAAGUCAAAGUCGACAGUGUCGAUGUCGACAGUGACAACAACCAGGGUUAGAAUCUCGAAAAGGACUAGGUGGGCAGCUGGAAGCAGGAGACUGGGACUGACGGGGGCUGCGGCUUCAGUGGGAGAUAAGCAGGGUGCUUCCCGGGUACUACUCUGCCAGCAGGGACUGUAUUUGGCCAGCUCUUCUUGUCAAAAAAGGGAAGCUUUAAUUUUGUUUACCCAGCGAGUUUCAUGUUUUCUUCCUAGAGUCUAUUUUCACAGUUAUAGCCAUUUCAGAGAAAAUAAAAUUAAGCCCUGUGGCCAGA